AGCACCGCCCCGCAGCGCACGGCAUGGGCGAGCGGCGGCCGGCGGCGGGGGGGGCGGCGGCCCCGCGCUGAGCCCGGCCCGGCCCCAUCCCAUCCCGAGCCGGUGACAGCAGCUGCAUGUCGGGGCCCGGGGCGCAGAGCCGCAGUCGGCGGCUGCCCGCUGACAUGGAGCAGCCUCAGCGGGGCCUGGAUGCAGAGCAGAUGCAGCAGCAGCAGCUGAAACUACGGGACCGGCAGAAGUUCUUUGAAGAGGUUUUCCAGCAUGAUGUGGAUUACUUCUUCCCUAUGUCUCACCUGCAGAUAGAGCAUCGGAGACCACCCUUAGGCAGCAUUUCCUCCAUGGAGGUGAACGUGGACAUGCUGGAGCAGAUGGACAUGAUGGACCUGUCAGACCAGGACGUGUUUCUGGGCUGUGGGACAGAGGAAAGCAGCGUUGCUGAGCCAGGGGCAGAUGCCAGCCAGCACCCAGAGGAAAUCACCCUGAAAGUGCCCAACACAGCGGAGAGCAAGUCACGCAUUUCCUCCACGUCCUCCGUUUCCACGGAUCCGAACAGCCUGGACACCAGCGAGGAGGGGGCUGAGACCCCUGUGGUGCAGUCGGAUGAGGAGGACCUGCAGGAGGACAGUCCCAAAAAGCAGGUGGCAAGAAGCUAGCAGCCAGCUCUGCCCUGCUCCCAGCCUCCUCCGUAUGGACCUGCCAGCCCCGAGGAAGGAAAGCUGCUGGCACCCAGUAAACCCCAUCCUGGACUGCUGCCCUGCCGGAGAGGAGAGGAGGUUUUCCCUUCCUCUUCCUCCGCAGGUUUUCCUGGCAGCCAAGGGAGAACGAAAGGGGUAUUGUAGGCUCCCAAAAUUAACUCUUCAGGCUUUGCUGCUAACACUCCCUGCUUCACUCCCCUGAAAUGCUCAGCAUUCCACAGCCCCAUCAUUCCCAGAAAGGCACCCCAUGGGAUCCCAGCUCCCCCAUCCUACUGACAAGGGUCCUGUCCAGACAAGCAUUUAACGAUACAGAGAAAUAACACUCCAGUCUAAACAA